UGUGUCAGUGAGCGAUCGCCUGCCGCUUGGUGUUUAAUUAUUGAAUCGUAAAUGUGGUGUGUUUGUGAGAUAAUGAGAAAACACACUUUAGAUUACCUAAUUAUAAAGUGAUGAAAGUGCCCUGAGUUCAGUGUUCUGUUUAAAAAGUUAAUUUCUUUUGUAUGUCAUCGGACUCUUCAAUAUGGCGGCACCCCGUCAGAAGUCACAACAGAAAAACAUUUCUUCGAUAUUUUCGAAAUUGCACGGUGCGUUUUCCGACGCCGUGUACCCCUCUAAGCUCGCGACGGACAAAAGGACACUGGACAAGACUUGGAAGUUGAUGGACAAAGUGGUGAAACUAUGUCAGCAUCACAAAAUGAAUUUGAAGAACAGUCCACCGUUUAUUCUUGAUAUUUUGCCCGAUACAUAUCAGAGGUUACGCAUAAUCUACUCCAAAUACGAGGACAAUAUGGUGGAGUUGAAUAACAAUGAACAUUUUAAUAUAUUUAUAAUUAAUUUGAUUAGAAAGUGUAAGCAGGCUAUAAAGUUGUUCAAAGAGGGGAAAGAGAAGAUGUUUGAUGAGAACUCCCACUAUAGACGCAACUUGACUAAGCUUAGUCUGGUCUUCAGUCACAUGUUGAGCGAGUUGAAGGCCAUGUUUCCUAAUGGGACUUUCGCAGGUGACCAGUUUCGUAUCACCAAGAGUGAUGCUGCUGAGUUUUGGAGAACCAACUUUGGCAACAGCACCCUGGUGCCCUGGAAGCAUUUUCGCGAGGAGCUAAACAACGUGCACCCGAUAUCAUCGGGGCUGGAGACGAUGGCUCUGAAGACAACGAUAGACCUUACGUGCAAUGACUUCAUAUCCAAUUUCGAGUUUGACGUGUUCACGAGGUUAUUUCAGCCUUGGAGUACGCUGUUAAGGAACUGGCAGUUGCUGGCGGUGACCCAUCCGGCUUAUGUGGCUUUCCUUACGUACGACGAGGUCAAGGCCAGAUUACAAAAGUACAUUCAUAAGGCUGGCAGUUACGUGUUCAGAUUAUCGUGCACAAGGCUCGGCCAAUGGGCGAUCGGAUACGUAACAGUGGACGGCGAAAUCCUACAGACUAUACCACAGAACAAGAGUCUGGUGCAGGCGUUACUUGAUGGAUAUAGAGAGGGAUUCUACCUAUAUCCGGACGGUCGCGAUAUAAACCCCGAUCUGAGCAGCGCAAUCAUAUCGCCAGCCGAAGACCACAUAACAGUUACGCAGGAACAGUACGAGUUGUACUGCGAAAUGGGCAGCACGUUUCAAUUAUGCAAGAUAUGCGCGGAGAACGACAAGGACAUUAGAAUAGAGCCUUGUGGACAUCUAUUGUGUACGCCCUGCCUUACCGCUUGGCAAAUCGACUCGGAAGGUCAAGGUUGUCCGUUCUGCAGAGCGGAGAUAAAAGGCACGGAACAAGUUGUUGUGGACGCAUUUGUACCUCCGCGACCGCCCACCACUACUACUGAUGUCAAAAUAGCAAAGACUGCAGUCAAAGCUGUAUCAUCCAACUCGUCUGGUUCGUCGGGAUCGUCCGGUUCAUCGUCGGGAUGCAAUGGUUCAAGUACUGAAGUAACGAUAUCAAGCAACUCAAACGGCUGGUCGUCUAGAAACACCACAUUCAACGGAUUAACAGACGACAUCGACGAUCCUGAGGAUUGGUCAGAAUUCAACGCGGCAACGUCAACAAUAGACGCCCUCCGACCGGGAGUGAGAUCGGCCGGGGCUUCACCGCGCCACUCUCCUCGCGCAACGCGGAGAGCGCCCAUGCCCACGGAGAAUGCCUACGGAGAGUUAAGAGCGCCGCCAUUACCGCCAAGGAAAAGUCUCUCUCCAGCGGAGACUAUUGUUGCAGCGUCUAGUGUUCAAGAUAUUGCGGCAGCUAGUAGUAUUAUGGAACCCCGCCGCCGUUCAUCUCUCGAACCUGAACCGGACUCGCGACAUCGCCUCACCUCAGUUAUCACUGGAUCAACGGAAACUAUCACUGGACUUAUCGAUACAAGACAUGAGGUACCGCCAGAUCCACGAGCUUUUGAGAAACCUCGAAGAGCCUGCACACCACAAUCAAACAGCCGACCACUUCCAGCCCCGCCUCCCGAAAGGCUAACCGAACCCAAACCUGAGAAGCAAGACCAAAAACUACCUGAACGACAUAUUGAAAGACAACCGGACAACAGAAUUCCAGACAGACUGCCAGAGAGACACAUUGAACGACCAAUAGAUAAUAGGCUACCUACCGAAAGGCAACAAGACAAUAGGCUAUUAGAAAGACACAUUGAUAGGCAUCAAGAUAUAAGACUUCUAGAAAGAGUUAUCGAAAGGCAACCAGAUAACAGACUCCCAGAAAGACACAUCGAUAACAGAUUAACUGAACGGCAACCGGAUAAUAGAUUACCAGAACGACACAUUGACAGACAAUUAGAUAUCAAGCCACCAGAAAGGCACGAAAGACAAGAAAAUAGACAAAUAAACGAUAGACUAAUCUCACUAGAUAAAGAAAGGCAUUCGGAAAAUCGAACGCAAUUCGAGAAAAUAGAGAACAGAACAGAUAGAUCUAAUUCAGAAAAUAGAAUAUUGGAGCGACAAGCGGAAAGAUACGUGCAAGAUACUAGAAAUAUAGAUUUCCGGAAUCCACCAGAAAGGCCUGAUAAGCCUGAUAGGGAUAGGAUGCAAAGCUCUGAUAGAUCCAGUUUCGAUCGUGAUACUAGGGUUGAGAAUAGAGCGCCUCCAAGGCAGCGAUCUUUACCUUCUACAACGAGUGGUAGUAUGGACAGUCAGCCAACGAAAUCUACUACAAUGCCAAAAUUUCCAUCGGAAGAUGUCAAGGAUCCGCCUUAUGAGAACGUUGGUGUGGAGAAAAAUGAACUGGCUGUAGCACCCAAAAAGAUCAAUCCGUUAACUCACGACAAACACGGACGAAAGUACUGCGACAACGUAUCGUACGAAAAUAUAAAUUUAGACUACAUCGCUCGUUUGGUAGGCGAGGGAUACCCCAAGGACAUCGUUGUGCGAGCAUUAGGCAUCACUAGGAACGAUCUAGAAAUGGCGUGCGAUAUAUUACACGAGUUCGGGUGUAAAGUGCAACAUAAAUGCUAGGAUAUUAAAAUUUUAUAGGCGGCACUAAUUUUUAACUUUGGACUAAUUUAAAAAGAUAGAGAUAGACUUCGAUUAUCAAUGACCCUUAUAUCUUAGAAGUACGAAUUACAAUUCAAAAUGGUUAUUAGGUCCAGCUUUGUAAUGCAAUAAAAAGGACCUAAACUCGGCGAACUCAAAAACUUUGUUCGCCACCUAAACUGCUGACUACGUAAAAUGUUAAAUAAUGUAAAUUAACUUUGACGUUUUUUGCAGACGAGAAAGAAUGUCUAUAUAUCCAUUUUUGUCAUGCAUGUUACUUUGUUGCAAGUAACGUAAAAAAAAUUGAUGUUACUUGCAUAACAAAAAUAGAUGGUCCAUCUAUCCUUCUAUCUGUCAUCCAAUGUCAAAGUUUGCUCAAAAACAUUAUAUGUUUACGUUUGCUGCACUUUGAUUGAAAGCAAGCAAACGUAACGAAAUAAAACCUAUACCAUUAAAUAUAUAACAUUAAUACAAGGUUCACUUUACAUUUGGCAAUAUAGGGUUGUUACAUUGAUCGUUCUAUCCAUCUUUUUAAUUUAAUCUGUGUUUUUUGACAUUACACUUUUUAAUCUGUUAUUUAACUUGACAUUAAAAUAUUUAGUCUGUUAUUCGAGUAUUUUCGGUGUUGCACGCUUUCAAAUCAAUUUUUAUUUAUAAAUAUAAAUUAAUUAAUGAUAUGAAGUUAUUACUUUGCAUGGCGUCACGUUCACUGGGUUGCCAAAUCGAAUAGCAUUAAUAACAAUAAGCUUCCUUGAGUUGGUGAUAGAUAAAAUAUGUAGUCAUAUUAUAAAAGGUAUUUCAUGCAUUUCGAUUUGUCGACCUAAUUGAUAUUGAGCUGUUUAAGUAUUGUGCGAUAUUCCGAAAAUAAAAGGGUCAAUCAAAAUUGUCACUAGGUCGAAAUUAGCAAAAGUAACUUAUCUUAGAAUGUUUCAUUAAAUUAAUAGACUAAUAUUAAAAUAAUAAUUGAAUGACGCGUGAUUAUAACGAUCUGGCAAGUUGAAUCUUAGCGUUUUUAAAACAUAAAAUUAAAUAAUUACUUAUUAUUAUUGUAUAUAAAUGUUUUAAUAGUUUUUUCAAAACGUUAUUUGGUUUAGUUGAAUUGUAUAAUAAUAAGAACUCGCCAAUAACAAUGUUUAGAUGCACAAUACAUUUCGUUGUUAUCGAUUAGUAUUAUAGAUUUAAAAUAUUUUUUGCUUUGAGGGUACAUUGAUAAUAAUUUUCGCAUAAGGUUACUCCAUACAAAAUGAUUUGUAGUUUGGUGGAAGUUUGUAUGGGUGAAAGCCAAGUGGGGGGGUGUUUAAUUUUAGCACUCGGAUAUCUGGCACUGGAUACUGGAGUGGGAGUGUGAAGUCUACCAAUUCGUGUAUAAUACCAGCGUGGUGGGCUACGGCCUAAACAUUUUUCAUUCUGAGAGUAGACCCGUGCCCCGUAGUGGGCCGUUAAUGCAUUAUCAUAAUAAUA